GAAUCUAUUUCGCUCCUCAUCAUUGUCCUUCCCAUCUACGCGGCCACGAAGAUCUCUCCUUCGAAGGGGACGCAGUGUGAUUGAUAGCAAUAUCGAAACACCAGCCAAGGCCAUCAGAAAAUAUCGAAAUGAAAUAGUAUUGAGACCAUGAUCUUGAAUGACUCAGAACUGACGCAAGUGAACAUUUCCGCAGCAGAAAUUCGAUUGACCCCACGAAACGUGCUUCCGCUCCUCCAAUGAAUGAUAAUCAAAUCCGCGAACCAGCAGCAAUGAUAGGACCUGCGGAAUCGUCUACAGUCGGUUGCGACAUCUUCGAAUGGUACCCGCGCUAUCAAAAUUGUCAGCGAUACUUCUUGGAUGAUGCGCAACACAGCGUCCCUGUUCAAGCGCUUUCCGCUUUUCUGAACAUUCGUCUUCCAUUCCAAUGGGAAUCCAAUCCGGUUGCAAGCUCGAGCUCGAGCUCGAGCUCGUCCACCAAUCACUCUUCAACAAGCGCCAACCAUACAAGUACCCCUUCGGAUUCAUCUGGGCCGUCGACAGUGCCCCCUUCUGUCUCGCUGAUUCCUUAUAUUCGUCGCCUAGUGGCUACUGGAAUGGAUUUUCCGGGGGUGCUUCAAGGAUUCUUCGGGAACGAAUGGGCCACCGGCAUCGGCCCUCUGCACGAACAGGAGAGACGCAAUUACCUCUUCGCAGCGAAAAGUGGGGGGUGGGCAGCUGUGAAAAAGGAUUACGAUAUUGCUCCGCUGGAGACUAUCCCAUUUUUACGACCAUUGCAGGGUCCGCUGGAUUCAGAGAUCGAGGCCGCGGAGAGGAGCUGGAGUGACUGGCUUGCCAUGGAGGACUGGAUGGUCGGGCCACGAGCGCCUGAUGCCCUUCGCGAUUCAUCGUCUAACAUGUCACGAGCGCAGAGCUCACGUGGCUGAGGCUUCUACUCCCUCGAUCCAAAUCUUCUCUCAUUUCCUUGCCUCUUCUUGCUUUAUCAUUUUGCAUCGAUCCCCCGGGUUGACUUCUACAUGUUGAACAAUACCCAACGACUAUGGGUGACAGUACGGAGUUUGGGGACCUCAUAGCGGAACCCGUUUCUAUUCUUUUAAUAUUCUUUCUGUUCUUCGCAUGCCUGCCAUGAGAUGACGAUCAUAUGAGUUCUUGAGCGUGAUAGACUGGCGCGGGCCCACAUUUUAGUUUUGGCUUCUAUUAUUGACUACGAAGCGCACUCCUUUUUGCAAGGGGCUAUACUUGGAUAUACACGACCGAGGAUUUUUGAAAACAGCAACCAAUCAAUGAAUCAUAUGAUAGGCGUUGGUAUUUAGUAUAGCAUCAAUGCACAGC